AGUGAAGAGUACAAGCAGCCACGGCCGCCGUUGCUUCCUCUUAGUGCAGAGCGUUGCAAGCCGGACGGUGCAGAGCACUGCAAGCCAGAUGGUGCGGAGCUGUGCAAGCCGGAUGGCGCAGAACAUUGCAGGCCGGGUGAAGCUGAGCAUUGCAAGCGGCUUUCGAAGGCUGAGAGUGGCAGCAGCGAGUGGCGCAGCCACGGCUUCAGCCCGCGUGACCGACCAGAUGGGCUCGCAGGCGCGGCGGUGGCUGUUGAGUCGACUCAAGCUUCACUUCACCGCGCAGAUGCGAGGGUUUCAGACAAGGCGGGUUGCGAGAGGCGAGGGCAGCAGGGGUGUGGCGACGUGGGGGGGCAGCGCGAGGCGUGCAGUGAGGAGGAGACACGGCAGCUGAUGCCUCGUGACGGGGGUUUCUGCAAUGCCGCCGCAAACAGCGGUUUUCCUUCGGCAGAUGGCCAUGCUGCUGCCGCGGAUGGCAAUGCUUCUUCAGCAGACGGCAAUGCUGCGGCAGCUAACAGCGCGGGUGCAUCGAGCAAUCAUGCAGCAACCAGUGUCUCCGCGAUGGCGUGCAACCGGCGUGUUACUGCGUGCUGUUCUGACCCGGGUGUGGUUGGGGACGGCGUUGAGGGGAAGAGCGGCCGAGAAGCGAGGCAGGAGGGCGGUCAGGCGUGUGGUGAGGGCUCGGCAGCAACGGGUGGGGAGACGGAUGCUGAGAAAUGCGCAGAGAGGAGUGGUGGUGGUGGUGGUGGUGGUGGUGGUGGUGGUGGUGGUGGUGGUGUAAUUGUCACUGAUGCCAGUGGAGCAGGUGGUGAGGGGAAGGCACAGGCGACCGAGUCUCGUCGGGAUGAGGGCGGACAGGGGGUUGGAGGGGACAAGAGCGCGCUCGUGGGUGAGGGGCGAGGAAGUGCGGCAGCAGCGGGCGCGGGCACUCCGCGGCAGCGCUGCCCAUCAGACGACGAGAGGCUGGCGCGGCAGCUGCACCGCGCCUUCAACAGCUCCCCGCGCAUCCUCGCCGUCCUCGCGCCCACGCCCAAACGCUCCCGCAACCCCCGCCACCCCGCUGCGCCCGUUGCGCCUGCUGCGCCUGUUCCUGCGCCUGUUCCUGCUCCUGUUUCUGCGCCUGUUUCGGCUGGUCCUGCGCCUGCUGCGCUUGGGGUGCCUGGGAAGGCAGGACGGGGGGCUGCAGGAGAGGCGAGGGGGAGAGGAGAGGCGGGAGGGAAAGCAGAGGUACGGGGGAAGGUGGCAGUAAGGAGAGACGGGGCGGCGGUGGUAGGAGAGGGUGGUGAUGGGGAUGGGAAGGCUGCUGGAAAGGGGGAUAAGGCUGAAGUGAAGGAGGACGAGCGUGGGGUUAAAGGUGCUGGCUCUGGUGGUGCUGGUGUUGAUGGUGGUGCUGGUAUUGUUUGUGUUGCUGGUGCUGAUAGGUGUGAAGCUGCUCCCUGUGACACUCCGAUUGGCCAACCCGCUGCUGCUGCAGCUUCUCGCGCACCUCCCCUCCCUGCUCUUCCUUCUCUUCUUCCUUCUCCCCUUCCUCCUGCCGCUGCUGCUGCUGCUGCAGGCACUGCCGCGGACUCGUGCCGUCCCGCGUCUCACUCAGCGCCCCCAUCAUCUGCCGAGCCCCCCCUCCCGCCCUGCGCCACUCGCCCUGCCGCUCCGCCCUGCGCCACUCCCCCUGUUUGCCCCCCUUGUGCCAUACUCCGACCCAUGUCCCCCGCCCCCCCGGAUCUAGCCUGCUUACCCCGCGCAGGUGACGUCAGCCCUGGCAAAGAUCCCUGCCCCACGUUGGCUGUUGCUGACGCUGAGGCAGACAGAGGGGCGGCAGAACAGGAGAAUGGGGAGAAGGCUAGGGCAGGCCGCGGGCAGACGAACGGGCAGACUGGCGGGCGAGUGGAUGGGCAGCCGAUUAGGGUUUCGGAUGUGAACCCGCAGGGCAGUGGGACGGGAGGUGAUGGUAGUGGGGGGGGAGGAUUGAACGGUCGGGGCGCGGAGGAGGGGCGUGUGCGGAAGCGAGGGGGUGGAGGGGGAAGAGGGUCAGGGGGAGGUGGUUCAGGGGGGUGGGGAGGUGGCGGAAGCUGUGGAGGGGGGAAGGCGGGAAGUAAUGGGAGGGGAGGGGCAGCAGGCGGAGGGGGAGGGGGUGGGAAUGGGGCGGGGGGCGGUGCAGGGGGAGGCACUGGCGGUGCCGGGGAUGGGGGAAGAGAGGGCGGCGGAGGGGGAUGGGGAGGGAGAGGAGGGAGGGCGGGGGAUGUUGCUAGUGAGGAGGAAGAGGAGGAGGACAGAGGGCGGAAGGGAGGGAGGAAGGCGGGCAACGGCAAAGGGGGUGGCAGGAGAGGCGGCAACAGAGAGGCUAGUGGGAAUGGGAGGGAUGCGAAUGCUGGCAGCAGCAGCGAUGAUAGCUUGAGUGACCGUGAGGAAGAUGAGGAGGAAGAUGAGGACGAGGAGGAUGGAGAAAUGGACGGUUCAGAUGAUGAGAGCAGCCUCAGGCGCAGCAGCAACGCCAGCAGCCGCGACGGUAGCAGCAACGGCAGCAGCGGAGACAGCGACAGGGAAGGGGAGGAAGAGGAAGAGGAGGGAGAGGAUGAGGAGGAGGACGAGGAAGAGGAAGAGGAAGAGGAGGAGGAGGAGGAGGAGGAGGAGGAAGGUGUGGAGCAGAAGACGCAGAGGAAGCAGCGAAGGAGCUUGAGCGGAGCUCGAAGUGCGCAGGGCGGCAGGCGAGGCUCGUGGGGGGGUUGGGACGAGAACGGCGGGAAGGGCAGCCGCGACAAAGGCAGGGGAGGUCCGGCCUCUAGCGACGGGGGGGAAAGGGACAGGGACAGGGAGAGGGAGAGGGAAAGGGAGAAGGAGAGGGAGAAGGAGGGGGAGCGGGAGGGGAGUCCGGACGUGGGGGGUGGGGGGGCGUGGGCGAGUGAGGCGGGCCAGGAGGGUGGCGGAGCCAAAGCAGGCUUGCGAGUGAGCCACCACAGGGGCAGCGGCCGGGCGUCAGAGGGGCCGAUUUUUGGCGGAGACACGUCUCCCGUCAUUCCCGUGCCUUCGAAAGAGGCUCGGCAGCCGCGUUCGCAGCUGGUUUGUCACCCGAGGCGGUUCCCGAAGCUGGCUUUAGCGGGGAUAGUGGAGGGCGAGGGAGGCGAGGAGGGGAAGGAGGGGAAGGGCGAGGGGAAGAAGCAGAGGGAGAAGGGGGGCGAGAUGGAGAAGCAGAAGAAGCGGGAGAAGGAGAAAUCGAGGGAACGGAGUGUUGCAGAGGAGUGGGGAGUGGUGGCGGACAGAAUGAGUGAGUGGGGGCCGGGGAAAGGCAAGGGGAAGGCAGAACCGGUGGGCAGCGGCGACUGGGAGAAGGAGUGGGAGAGAGGCGCCAAGGCUGGGUCCGCCGAGAGGGAAGCAGAGAGUAGGGGGAAGCUUAAAGAAGUGAAGGACGUGAGUGGGGGCAUGGCGUGGGGGAGGGCAAGCGAGAGAGGGAGGGAUCACUUGGGAGACUUGGGGAGGAGUAAGGGAAGAGAAGGCGGCAAGGAGGGAGGAUUGGGGGAAGAGAGGGAGAAAGGGCGGGCGGUUUCGGAGAAGCCAGAGGGUGAUGAGCGGUACGAAGCGGUUGAGAGAGUAAAGGACAAAGAGAACAUCCGAGGACGACUCAAGGAUGGGGGGGAUGUGGAGAGGGGGGAGAAGAGCAAGCAGGAGGAGCGGAAGAUCGAGAAGGGAAGGGCCAAGGGCCGGGAGAAUCACCUGGCAGUAAGGAGCGGAGAGGGUGGGGAGGCCUGGAUGGUUGAGUCGAAGAAAAAAGACAAGUCUGAGGGCUUUCUGGGUGGGAAACAACAGCGGGAUGGGGUAGUGCCACAUUCGUUAGUGUCACACUCGUUAGUUCCUUCGUUACUGGCUCGUGCUACUGUGGCCCCGCAGGUGGAGGGGAAGCGGUGGCGGAAGAAGGGUAUUGUGGCGGGCCGGGCGCGGAGUGCUGUAGAGCAAGACACUAUAGAGGAUGUGCUCUUAGAGGAUCCUAGGGAUCGUGACACUAAGGAGGGGCUCAGGAAGGAGAGUGCUGUGAAAGGCAGAGCACCAGUUGUACCUAGGGCGAGAAGCGCGGACGCGUUUGCAGCACAGAGGCAUGGUGAGGGGACAGUGGGGCACAGGAGCUCAGAGGCGGUUGCAGGGCACAGGAGCAUGGAUGGGAGUGCAGGGCGCAAAAGUCAGGAGGGGUUGGGGGGGCCCAUGUCGCCGCCUAGGGUCAGGGUCAAGGGAGCGGAGAGUGGCGGUGCUGCGAGGGGAGGCGAGAGCAGCAGUGGCGCGGGUGGCAGUGGUGGGGGCGAGAGGGAAGCGGUGCGCGUGUGCACGAGUCCCACGGGGCGAGGUGUGAAACCCAGCAGCACUGCCUCAUCGUGGGGCGAAGGUUCAUUGCCGCUGUGCUUCCUCCCUUCUGCCUUUCCUCUUCGCCAUGUCGUGACGGUCUUCCGUUCACCAGGACAUGCCACCACCAGCCACGACACUCACCACUCCCCUGCCACUGCCCUAAACCCCGGGCAUGCUGUGCCCUGCUCUGCUCCUCCGCCUGCUGAUUCUUCUCCGCAUGCCACAGCUGCAGAAGCAGCAGCCCUGGCUCUAGACAUGUUUGCUGCUGCCGCUGCUGCUGCGGAGGCAGGUGGGCAGACAAGCAAGGAGGAGGAGGACGAGGGGGGAGGAGAGGGAAGUGACAGCGGUGGCAGCAGCAGCAGCCGCAGCGGCAGCAGGAGGCAAAGGAAGAAACAGCGUUGGGGGAAGGAAGGGAGGAGGGAUGGGAGAGAGCCGGGUGGGCCUGUGGUGGAAUCUACACCGUUGGAUCGGCUCGUGUUGCUCUCAGAUGCACAGCCACGUGUCCAUGAGGAUUCGCUAGGGCGGCAGAGUGCAGCGUGGGUAGAGGGCAGAGAGGAGGGGCGGCAGGGUGAUGGGGAUGGCCUGGGUAUGGCGCUGGCUCAGUCAAGUGCUGGUGUUGCUCAGCUAAGUGCGGGUGUCGCUCAGUUAAGUGCUGGCGGGGCAGCUGGGAACCGUGCUGCUUGGAGCUCGGGUGCUGGUGUUGGUAGUGCGAUUCAAGUAGACGUGGAAGGUCAAGAAGGGGCAGGAGGAGCAGGUAUAGGAGGAGGAGGGGCAGAUGGAGGAGAGAUUGUGAACGAGGAGCGUAGAAGUGAUGAAGACGAUUGUUUGUCCGGGUUAGACCUUAUAGCAGCAGAGGCAGCGGAGGUGCUUGCAGUGAGGCUGCUUGUAUCAGGUAUGCAGCCCGAGCGGGCGGCAAGCCCGUCUUUAGCGGCGCUAGUAGAAGCAGCGAUGCUGCCUUGUAGGGGCGACAGCAGGGCAGGGGACAGGGCGGAUUUAGAAAGGGAGGAUAUAGGGAAGGUGGAUACAGCAGGAGGUGUAGGUGGUGGCUGUGGCACGAGUCAGCAUGAGGAGCAGGGCGAGGUGGGGCGGGCAGUGGGGUGGGAUAUGGAGAAGGCCGCUGGGUUGGGGCAAGCGGAGUGGGAUUCAGGGGCGGUUGGUACAGCCAGACAUGCAGGGGAUGUGCAGGAGGAGGGGGAGAGAGGGGUUGGGGUUCCGGAGACAGGGGUUGGUUGGCAUGGAUUGCAGAUGCGGUUAGAAGGAGGGUCCCAUGGAGGGUUACAACGGGAAGGGUUACAACAGGAAGAGUUACAACAGGAAGGGUUACAACAGGAAGGGUUACAACAGGAAGGGUUACAACAGGAAGGGUUACAACAGGAAGGGUUACAACAGGAAGAGUUACAACAGGAAGGGUUACAACAGGAAGAGUUACAACAGGAAGGGUUACAACAGGAAGAGUUACAACAGGAAGGGUCACAACAAGGGAGAGCGUUGCAGGAGCUGUCUAGGCCGAAGCCAAGGAUAGUGGACUUGAAUGAGCCAUGGCGGGAGGAGGACGAGGAGGAGGAGGCGCAGCAGCAGGAGGCGGAGGCGGAGGUGGUGGGAGAGGCGGUGGAGAGUGCAGCAACGGCUCGAGCUUCCUCCCCGCAGGCAGCAGUGGCUCCAGUAGCGGUUGCUACAGCGGCUACAGCUGCUAUAGCUGGUACAGCCCCGGCGCCUCUCAAGGCGUCGUUGGUGCAAGAAGCAGUGGCUCCAGCACCCGCUGCUAGCCCUCGUGCUGCAGCAUCAGAGGCUGCUCACUCCCAGCCAGCAGCAGCCGUCACGUCGCCUGCAGCUGGUGCGGGCCGUGAGGCAGCAGCAGCUCCAGCAGUGGGGCCGGCAGCAGCAACCUCGUCUGCAGUGCCUAUGCCACUGGAAACAGGUGCCACUGGUGCAGCCCUUGCAGCAGCAGGAACAGCAGCAGCAGGAUCAGCAGCAGCAGCAACAGCAGGAACAGGUGUGAGUGCGGGUGUCGGUAUCAGUGCUGCCGAUUGUGCUGCUGCGCGUGGUGCUGCUGCUGAUGCUGCAUGUGAGAGCAACGCCCCUGCCCCAGCUGCUGCUUUUGUGGAUCCUCACCCUGCGGACCCCCACAUUGGGGGACCCCUCCCAUUGGGACCCCACCCUGUGGGGCAUGAGCACGAGUGCCCCCAGGCUCCUAGCGCCCCUCUCCUCGUGUCGUGCAGCUCGGCUGGCGCAGGGCUGGAUGAUGGUGCCGUUCUUAGUGCAGGCGUGAGGGAGAAGGGGGCAGGGCUAGAUGAUGCACUGCACAGCACAGGCGUGAGGGAGAAGGGGGCAGGGCUAGAUGUGCUGCGAGGCGCAGGGCUGGAUGUGUCUGAAAGUGCUGGCACGGGGGAGAAGGGGGCAGCUGUGGAGGAGCAGAGGAGGGCGGAGGGGAUGUGGGGCGUGGGAAAGGAGAAGGAGCGGAGUGAGGUGAAAGGAGAAUGGGGUGGGAAGGCAGGGGGUGAGGAGACCGAGAAGGGAGAGGGGAAGGUGAAGGGGGAGAGGAUGGAGAGGGAUGAGGCGGGGAGAGAGGGCAAUGUUGAUGGGGUUGUGAGGAAAGAGAGAGGGGAGAAGAGGAAGCGGGAGAAGAGGGAGAGGAGCGAGAAGAGAGAGAAACGGGAGAAGAAGGAUAGAGGGGAAGAGAGGGGGAAGGAUAGGGGGCGAGGGGAGAAGGGAGAGAGGAGAGGCAAAGGGGAGAAGGAAAAGAGGCGUAAGGGGGAGAGGAAGGAGAAGGGGGAAGGGGUGAAGGGGGAAGGGGUGAAGGGGGAAGGGGUGACGAGCGAGAGGGGAGAUAGGCCAGUGGGAAGAGGGGGAGGGGAAGAUGGAGAGAGGGGGAAAGAGCGGAUGAAGGAGGAGGAGGAGCACGUUGAGGUUGAGGGUAAGAGGAGCAGAGCGGCAACAGAGGAACCGAUAGCACAGCUUCAUACAGCAUGCGCGCAACCAGCAGGGGCAGUUAUAGCAGUGGCGCAGGGGACAGAGGCGCAGAGAGGAGAGGCAGCUGCAUUGGCUGGGGUGGUGCCUGCAGUGGCUGCUGCAGGUGAGGGUGAGCAAGUGGUGGUGACGGGAGAGAUGGGGGAGAAGGAGAAGACGGGAGAGAAGGGAGAGGUUGAGACAGAGGGGGAGGAGGUGAAGAAGGCGGAGGGGAGAGCAGGUGAGACGAUGGUGGAGGGGAGGCAAGGGGUGGCGGGGGAGGGCGAGGAGAAACAGUGGUUGAAGGCAGAGUGGGAGGUUAACAGGGAGGAAAUGGGCAAGUCAGAGAGUGCGCUGUUAAGGGAUGGCAGGAUGGCAGUGGGGAGGAUGGGAGAGAAGUUGGGAGAGGAGAUGGUGAAAGAGGAGGCAAUGGAGGAGGAGGGGGUGGAGAGAGAGGAGGGUAUGGUGAGAGAGGAGGGUAUGGUGUGUUGGAAUGACGAUGCGCUGUCUGAUGUGAGUGACGACGCUGAUGCUGAUGCGGACGCCAACGCUGAUGUGGAUGCCGUCGCCAAUGCUGGUGCUGGUGCUGGUGCUGGUGCUGGUGCUGGUGCUGGUGCUCAUGACAUGGGCGCUGGAGGCUCUGCUGCUGCGCUCAGGGAGAAGAGGCCUGAUGAGGAGAGCAGGCGUGAUGGUGGUGCGGUACGGGAGGGUAUGGAGCGGUUCAAGAGCGAUCCUGAGGCUUCCAAGGGGGAUGUCCUGCGCCCAGCCUCUGCCGAACCUGAACCCGAGCCUGAACCUGGACCUGAAUACGAACCUGAACCGGGUCUGCAGAGUGAUUCUUCCAAUGCUCACGGUCGACUCAAGCCCACAUUCUCUGAUGUCACCGAACCUGAUCCUUCCGAGCCUGCAGUCUCCGAGCCUAGCUUCGAGGCUCCUCGGAACGUGCCUCAUGCCUCCGAGCCUGACACGACAGAAGUGGAUGGUUACGAAGCUGCUGCUGCUACCGAAGCUAUGGAUAUGGAUGCUCUGUUAUUGAGCCGACUCAAGCCUGCACUCUCUGAUGUCACCGAACCUGAUGCUGCCGAGCCUGAUGGGUCCGAACCUGAUGCUAUGGAUGAGAUUUCUCCUCUUCAUGUGCUCCCGGACUUGGAGGCAGCUUCGGCUCCAGGUUCGGCUGCGUCGGCUCUAGGUUCGGCAAGCAAGGGCCUGUCCUCUCCAGGUUCGACAAGCAAGGCCUCUUUGACUCCAGGUUCGGCAACCAGGCCUGGCCAAAAGGUUCGGAAGGAGCAGGAGCGGGGGCGGAGGGAGCUUCAGGAGAUGAUGGGGGAGGAGAGUAAGGGAGAGGUGGUUUUGGAUAAGAGGAAGGGGGGAGAGGAGGAGAAGGGUGGGGAGAGAGAGGGGAGAGAGAAGGGGCGUGACAGUGGAAGGGAGGAAGGGAAAGGGAAGGUGAAGAAGGAAGAGAAGAAAGAAGGUGAGAGAAGGAAGGAAGGGGAGAGAGAGGGAUACAGGAGGGAACGAGUUCACAGAAAGAACUCGAGCUCGUCUUUUGAUGUAGGGCGGGAGAAGGGAGAUGAGGGGAGGAGGGAGAAGGGAGAGGAAGGUAGGAGGGAAAAGGGAGAGGGGAGGAGGGAAAAGGGAGAGGAGGGGAAACGGGAGAAAAAAGAAGAGAGCAGGAGAGGCAAGGGAGAGGACAGCAAGCGAGAGAAGGGGGAAGAGAGCAAGAGGGGUAAGGGGGAGGAGGGGAAGAAAGAAGAGAAGAAGAGAGCUGAGAGUGUGGACAGGCGCGCAGGGAGUGAGAGGAGGGAGGGGAGCGAGAGGAGGGAAGGGAGUGAGAGGAGGGAAGGGAGUGAAAGGAGGGAGGGGAGUGAGAGGAGGGAAGGGAGUGAGAGGAGGGAAGGGAGUGAGAGGAGGGAAGGGAGUGAGAGGAGGGAAGGGAGUGAGAGGAGGGAGGGGAGUGAGAGGAGGGAAGGGAGCAGACGGGCCGUGGAGAAGGGGAGGGGGCGGAUGAGCAGUGUGGAAGGGGAGGAGGACAGCGAGGAGGGCGGGAUUGGUAGGGGGAGCAGGGAGGAGAGAGGGGGGAGUAGGGAGGAGAGAGGGGGGAGCAGGGAGGAGAGAGGGGGGGUAGGAGGGAGAGAAGCGAGGGAGGGUUCGAGUGGGUGGGAGAGGGAGAGAGAGAGGGAAAGGGAGAGUAUGUUGGGAGGACGUGGAUCGUGGAAGGAGGGAGAGGAGAGAGCGAGAGAGGGGAGGGAGGGGAGAGAAGGUAGAGAGGCAGGAGAUUGGAGAGAAGGCAGAGAAGGGAGGGAGGGAAGAGAAGGGAUGGAAGGGAGGGAACUGAGGGAGUGGAGGGAGGGCAGGGAGGAGUGGGAAGGAAGGGACGGGAGAGACGCAAGAGAAAGCGGCCGAGACAGAGACAGCGGCAGGGAAGGCAGGGAGGGGAGAGACGGCAGAGAAGGCAGAGAAGGCAGAGAAGGCAGAGAAGGCAGGGAGGGGAGGCGCGAAACGGGGUUCAGCGGUUGGCCGUUAGACCCGCCUCUGGAUCCCGACGGUUUCCCCCUCCCCAUCGACCCCAUGCUGCUCCCGCGCUCCGCUGCCUCUGCUGCCGCCGCUGCCGCUGCUGCUUCUGCUUCGUGGCGAGACGGCCCUAGUCCUAGGCUGUCGGGAGGAGGCGCAGGAGGGGGCAUGCGCAGGAGCCCUGACAGGGAGUUUUUCCUAGGGCCGGGGGGAGUAGGGGGGGCAGGGGGCGGGUGGGGUGCCGGGGGCCUUCACCCUCCCCCUCGCGGCCUCCCCCCCGGGCCAGGCAGGGCGUUUGGGGGAGCAGUGGGGGGGCCUAUGAGUCCCGCUGUCAUGGCUGCUGCUGCUGCUGCUGCCGCUGCUGCUGCUGGGAUGCCGGCCGGGUGGAUCGGGCCGCCAAUGGGGCCGCGACACCUGGCGGCGCGCCGUGCUUCUGCUGCUGCGGCGGCUGCUGCGGUGGCUGGCGGGAUGGGGAUGAGGGGAGGGCCGUUGGGGGGAAUGGGAGGGGGGAGAGGGGGCGCUGGAGGGAUGGAGGAGCUUGUGGAGUUGCACAGGAGAGGGGGGGAGCAUGUGGGAGGAGGAGGGCCUAUCCGGGGGAGGCACAGCCUGCGGGAAGCUGCUGCGCUACGCCGCCCGGAGCAUCUAGCAGCAGCUGGGUUUGGAAGAGGGGGCAUGCAUGAGGUUUGGCGGAGGGACGGGUGGAGGGAGGCUGGCAUGAGGGAUCAUUUCCCCCUGGAGAUGUGGAGGGGGGGCGGGGGGAGAGGCAGUGAUGGGGGGAGGGCGGAGGGGAGGAGGGACUCGGAUGGGGGGAGGAUGGGGUGGGACGAGCCCGGAGGCAAGGAGAAUGGGGUGAUGGGGGGAGGGGAGCGAGGGGGACUUGGUCCUCCCACACCUUCUGGGGGAGGCCCAGGGGGGAGAGGGGGGGUGGGGGGGUUUCAGGCGGAGGGAAAGGGGAGAGGGGGUUUUCACCCGUCGCCUGGGGCAGGGGAGGGGGACUGGGGGGCGAUGGGGAGCGGGGGGGAAGGGAGGGGAGGGGGAGAAAGGGGGGAGAGGGGAGGGGCGACAGGAGGGAGAUCAGGAGGAGGGGGCAGUGAGUGGGGUUCGCCUGUAGGGGCAGGAUCGAGUGGGCGGAAGCAGCAGACAAGCGGAGAGGGAGGGGGAGGAGGCAGUGGGGGAAAGGAGAUGUUACGAUCUGCUAACGGACACCGCCUGGCGGAGGCGGUGAGCGGGCUGUGGCCUCUCAACGAGGGCUCGCGACAGAAGAUCGUGGAUCGCAUCAGCACCAACCUCGUCAGCAUAUGCUUCUCCAAGGAUAAGUCGCAGCGCGUGGACGACGGCGUGGCGCGCGGCCUGGCGGAGAGCAUAGAGGCGGAGGCGUUCGCGGCGACGCAGGCGCGCGCGCAGGAGGGGGGCGCGGCGGUGAAGGGCAGCGCGCUGGUGAUGAUGUACGCGCGGCACGCGAGCGAGCUCAUGGUGGACGCGUUCAAGAAGGAGCGCACCAAGGGCGGAGCUGCGGAGGAGGGCGUUGAGGAGUUUGACAUCUCUGGUGGCAAGAGGGAGGCCUUGAGCAAGGAAGCAGCGGAGAAGCUUCUCGCCCCCUUGCUCAAGCCCAACAAUGGCUGCAAGAAGGUGAAGCUCAGCAGCAAGGCGUUCACGCUGGAGGCUGCUGAGGUGGCGCACCAGGCGCUGACCAAUGCGAGUGACACGCUGACGCAUGCUGACCUCAGCGACAUCAUUGCCAGCCUACCGGAGGAGGAGGCGCUGCAGGUGAUCACGAGGGUCACAUCGGCUCUUGAAGGCUGCAAGCUCGAGUCGCUCAACCUCUCAGACAAUGCGUUUGGCGAGAAGGGUGUGCGAGCUGCUGCUGUCGCGCUCACCUCUCAACCAUCGCUGCGCCACCUCUACUUCUGCAACAACGGCAUUUCCAAGGAGGCAGCAGCAGCUAUCAAGGAGCUGCUGCCCGCGCAGGCAGUGGCGUCCCUCGAGACUCUGCACUUCUUCAACAACAUGUCGGGCGAUCCGGGUGCCGCCAUUCUGGCAGACGUGGUGAGGGAAGCGAGGGGGCUCAAGGACUUUCGAUUCGCGUCCACUCGUGUGGGGACAGAUGGCGCCAGGGCAUUGGCUGACGCCAUCGCUGCCAACUCAACCCUGGAGCGCCUAGACCUGAGAGACAACAUGUUUGGCCCUGAGGGGGGCGCUGCUUUGGCGUCGGCCCUGCACCACCACCCCAACCUGAAGCAGCUGAUGCUGGGGGACACGGCGCUGGGCGAUGACGGGGUGGCAGAGCUCCUGGACAGCCUCGCCCAGUCCACUCCCCAACUCGAGGUGUUGGAGCUGGGCGGCAACGAGCUGUCAGAGGAGGGAGCGGGGCGGGUGGCGGAGAGUCUGAAGCCGUUCAGUGCGUUGAGGAAGCUGGUGGUGUGCGACAAUGAGAUGGGCGAUGCUGGCAUAGAAACUCUCGUGGCCAUCAUUCCUGACCACCUGCGGUCCUUGGAAGAGCUGGAUCUCUCCACCAAUGAUAUUGGCCGAAAGGGUGCGGAAGCCGCUGCCCGGGCAGUCAAAGAUUUGGAGUCGUUCAAACUCCUCACCGUCAAUGGUAACCACAUCUCCGUUGAUGGAAUCCGGGCAGUUAAAGAAAUUCUGGGCGUUCCGAUUGAGGAUGGGGAGGAGACGGAUGGUGGCAAGGGUGUUUUGGGACCGUUGGAUGAGAACGAUGAGGAGGGGGAGGAGGAUGAAGAUUAG